CCUUAAUAGAUUCGUUUCGAAUUUUGAUAUAAAAAGAGCGCCCCUCAAGAUUUUUCCUUUUUUUUUUUUAUUUAUCAUUUUAAUACAUUUGAUUAUACUAUAAAACAUGUAAGUUCUCAUUAAUGAUGAUUGAUGACGAUUGACUUCAUUUUUUUUUUGGUCGUCAGGCCCCUCUUUGAUCUCUAUGCCGACCAACACGAAGAAGUUACCAACGCGGGACAUAAAGCUGAACUUAGCCACGAACUCAUUGCUGCUGCUGCUUCUUAUGAAGCGGCCAAAGCUUACGAGGAACACUGUGAACGUGAAGGUAAACCCGAUAACCAUGCCAAAGCCAAGGAAAUCCUUGCUGGUUUGACUGGUUUUGCCGUUGACAGGAUUGUUGAAACCAAAGGUUUGGACUACAUUGACAAGGCAAAGGCCAAGCAUCAUGCUGUACGAGAACUUUCCUCUCAAUUGGAGAACGAAUAUCAUCAAUAAAUGCACGGAUUAGUUUUUACCUUUUUGUAUAUUUCCCUCUCCAAUCCAUUAUUCUUUUAGUUUAGUCGAUAUCACAGCUAUUUAACAAAGAAUAAAAAAAAAAAACAAAAAAACAAAAAGAAAACCCUCAAAGGAGC